GAGUAUAGAGAUUAUGUGUGAAUCAUGGAUCCCUCAUGGUAAAACCGGGACAAACUGAUUGCCGUAGGCGUUGGUCGAGAAAGAGAGAGAGAGAGAGAACGAAAUUAAAAGUUACUGGUAGAAGAGGAAAAUAAACGAAACUUUUUGCUCGUGAGUCAAGUACGUGCUCACAGUACGUGCUUCUGCAUUAAAAUUAAUCUCAUCCGGCAUGUGAAAUACGUAAUAUAAGCGUCAUGGUCGCGUAAUCGCUACGUAACGAUAUAUACAAAUAUUGGUAUGCAAGCUAGGAGGUGGAUCACACCGACAACGGCGGCAGCGGCAAAUCACUGAUGAAAUAAUUGUCCUCCGGUGUGGGACACAUUGGAUGAGGGAGAGACGCGUGCGCUUCUCUCAUACGUGAUAUCUCAAUCCAGUAUCGGUCCGAUACGAGACACAGUUGGUAUAGAUAUCAGUCUUCUUCCACAGUGUUCGACACAGUGUUCGUGAAACAAUCAUGAGCAACGAUCAGCAAUUAAGGAAGAUCGAGCUGCUUGAGCUGCAACCAUUACUGAGAUGUACAUUUGGUGAUCAAUUGAUCGUGGUCCAUUAUACAACCGAGAAUCUGUUACAGCCAGGCGAGAAUUAUGGCAGCACAAUUUUCAGUGUCCAUGCUGUGAUUAAGCGCAAUGAUGAAGCGGAAGAGGAGGAUCUUCAUCUCAUUGCGAAAAUGCCGCCGCCAACGGAAUUUCAACGGGAAAUUUUCGAAAGCCCGUACACAUUCAAGAAGGAGAUUUUUAUGUAUGAGAACAUCGUGCCUCAUUAUCAAGAAUUUGAGAGAGAAAUGGGCUUGAAAGAAAAUGAAAUAUUUGACAUAUUGCCAAAAUAUUAUCAAUCUCGAUUAUCGCUAAGCCCGGAUGUUGAUUUUGACGAUAAUGCUGUUAUCCUAAUGGAAAAUUUAAAGAUACGUGGUUAUUAUACUAGCGACAGAACUAAAGGAUGCGAUUUAGAGCAUUCAAGAGUUGCGAUACGGGCAAUGGCGAGAUUUCAUGCGCUAGGAAUGGCCACCAAGUACAAGAAACCGGAGUACUUCGAGGUGUUGAAAGAACGUAGCAAGUGCGUGACGAUAAAGUUUGAUGAGUUCAAGAAAGCGAUCGAUGACAUGAUAACGAACAUAGAGAAGGAUCCGGAUUUAGCUGCUUACGGCGAUCGAUGUAGAACGGCCAUAAACGAUUCGUUGCAUGGUGGUAUGUGGGAUAUAGUGCCCGAUGAGCCGUGGUCCACUAUCAUCCACGCGGAUUUUUGGGUGAACAAUAUUAUGUUCCACUGCGAUGAAAAUGGACGAGUGGACGACAUCAAAUUCGUGGACUUUCAAAAUUAUCUGUUUUUUAGUCCGCUGCGUGAGAUGAUCUUUUUCCUAUUCUCUAGUACGGAUGUGGGUGACGAUGAGCUUGAGGAUCUAAUAAAUUUGUAUCAUAAAACUUUCUUGGCUGUCUUAAGUCGAAUGGAUUGCGAUACCGAGCAGUUCACCAGAGAAAAGUUCAACGCGAAGUUGCCCGGUGACGCUAAGUUUGAGUUUGGGCAUUUGUGCUUUAUGCUUAAAAUACUUACAUUGAACACACAAGAGACCGAGUUGCGGUAUGAUAAAAUGAAGGAUUUCAUGACAACUUAUCAAGGCAACGAAGCGUUCAAGCAACGGCUGCAUAAGGUCGUGUUAUAUUUUGUUAGACAUAAUUGGAUUUAGGCAAUGCGAUAGGAAAAAUAAAAUAGAAAAUACACCGCGAAUCAAACAUAAAUAUGUUUAUUGUUGCGUGUACUCACAGUAACGCAAUACAAUUAAUUGUGCUACAUGUGUAAUUACGUUACACAUUGUUUUAUUUUAUCUUCUAUAUAAGAACCGGUAGAACGAAACUAGUUACAGAAAUGGAUGUAUGAUUUAGAAAAUUUACAAAUAUAAAAUAUAUAUUUUA